ACUGUGAGCGCCUGUAGCCAGUGCGCUCUGGGCGCGCAGACUGACAACACCUCAGACGCACAUAGGAGGAGCAAACUAAAACUUCCCUAUCAAGUUUGUGGGUGUGAUGAGGACAUGAAGGUGCGAGCGUCGAGACAUUAAACAAAACCAAAAGUUCUUCCUCUCCUGGAUUCAUGCUUUUUUUUCCACCUCCACAAUAAACAUGGAGGUAAAAUCCUGUGCGUAAAAAUGGACCCUUAGCGGACACGAUGGAUUCGUUCUUCAGCCAAAAACAAGGCGCGUUAAUGGAAAGUGUCUCUCCUUUGAAAGUAAGAAGACAAUGUUUGCCAUGAACGACUCGCUAGCAGGUAUGAACAGCACCGCGGGGCCACCGUCGCCUCGUCCGCUCACCAUCCCGACCAUCAUGUUCUUACUCGGGGUGCUGGGAAAUGUCAUCGCUAUCGUGGUUCUGCGCCUGUCGAAGAAGGAGCAGAAGGAAACGACCUUUUACACUCUGGUGUUCGGGUUGGCGGUGACAGACCUCCUGGGAACCCUGCUGGCGAGCCCCGUCACCAUCGCCACCUAUGUGAAAGGCUCCUGGCCUGGAGGAGACCAACUGUGCCAAUACGCAGGCUUUAUCCUGCUCUACUUCUUCUUGGUGCAACUGAGCAUCGUGUUCCUCAUGUCAGUGGAAAGGUUCCUGGCUAUAAAUCAUGCUUACAUUUACAACCAGUUGGUCAACCAGAGACUGGCUGCGUGGACGCUCUUUGCGGUCUACGUGACGAGCUUCUUGUUUUGCUUGCUGCCCAUCGUGGGGAUCGGACAGGUGAAGCGCCAAGACCCCGGUACCUGGUGCUUCAUCGAUUGGAGGAGCAACGACACCACCGUGAGAGCCUACAACUUGAUCUACGCGGGUUUGAACUCGCUGAUCGUUUUGGCAACGGUCUUCUGCAACGUGAUGGUUUGCGGUGCGCUUAUCCGGAUGCACAGACGCCUCAUCCGACGCACCUCUGUGGGCAUCGACCCGCGGAGGGACGCGGAGCUCAGGCGCCGGCGGAGCAUCAAGGGGUUGGCUGGAGCCGAGAUACAGAUGGUUGUGGUGCUGAUCGGAACCUCAGCCGUGGUUCUAAUCUGCUCCAUACCUUUAGUUUUGAGGAUCUUCCAAAAUCAAAUCUUCAAAAACCAGACAAUGGAGAAGUCUUGGUUGAAUGAGGACCUGAGAGCCAUCCGCAUGGCCUCUGUCAACCCAAUCCUAGACCCCUGGUUCUACAUCCUCUUGAAAAAGACAGUAGUUCUCAAAGUAGUAGAGAAGAUCAAGUGUCUGUUCUGUAAAAUGGGAGGCCGGGGACGGCGGGGGGGAGGACACUUUCUGUGUGGAGAUGGACCCCUUACCUCCUCUAUCGUCUCAAGGGAUUCGCCGUCGUUAGCGUCCCAUGAGCCGGGGGAGAGAGUCAGCACCCUACAGAGUAUCCUUUACCCGACUGAUGGGAACAUGCUGGGACUGGUCUCUUUCCAGGCCAGGUCAAAGGAAGGCUCCAGCUUAGGAGCUGAGCAGACGUCACAUUGCACACAAGAAGACUCCCAGCCUCAGACGGAGCUCCUGCAGAGGGAAUCAGAGGACAACUUGAUCCCUACUAACCUUUCAAUUGGCCCGAAGGACACAGCCCUGCAUGUGACCCUCACAGACGAGACCGCUAACAUGCAGGAAAAAUGCAUUUAGCCAUCAGCAUCCCCAGUGUAUGAUCAAGGCAUUACUCCUCAGUAGUGAUUCCCUCAAUUGAUUCCAGUCACUCUUGUUGUAAUCAUAAAGGGACUCUUCUGUUGCACUUUUAAAAACUUUUGAACCACUCGGCCGUCGGAAAUGACACUCAGUGAUUGUAAAGGAUCAAUGUCAAAAUGUGAAUGGCGUUUUAAAUUAUUUAAAGUAUGAAAAUGUGUGUUACUGUCUUCUCUGUGAGAAGGUUUAGAUAUUUCUGUGCCAUUUUACAUUUCUUAAAGAUGAAUAUACUUAAAGUGUCUUUGUUUUUUAAAACAUCUGAACAUUUGAAAACUGAUUGUAUUACUUAAGGACCCCUGACACUUCUAAAUAGUAUUUUCCACAUUUCAUAACAAAAGGCAGCUAUACUAUGUUUUUUUUUUUUUUCAAACACAGCAGAAGAUGAUUAAAAGACCAUUUAAUGUGAUUUUUAUUCUCUAAAACUGUUAAUUUACUUGUUUUAACCCAGUGUUUUCAGAUUCCAAUCAUAUUUUAGCUUAAUGUAAAGCCUCAUAUCUGAUUUGGCUCUAUGGGUUUGUUAAGAAA